AGGAGGAGCAGAAGCGCUCCAAGGCGGCCGCCAAGGGCGCGGUGAAGGCGCAGAAGGAGGCGGACAACUCCCUGAAGGUCACCAUGGUGGGCCGCCACAUGCGGCUGCUGCUCAGCAACUCGCUGGCCGCCAGCCCGCUGGGCGCAGCGCUGGUGGAGCAGGGGCCGCUGGCACGCGGCGGCGCGCGCGACCAGAACUUCGCGCAGGAGGUGCACCGGGACCUGCCGCUGGCGGGGAGGUACAGGUACUGCAUGUGGGGUUUGAGGCUGCCUGCCCCCGCUGCUGCGCGGCUGCUGGCGGCGGAGGGGUGCGCGCUGGAGGGAAGCAGCCUGGGGGACCCCGCGGGGACUGGGCUGCCCCUUGUGCUGUUCCCGCUGCUGGUGCUGGCGCUGUCCGGCGACGAGCUGCUGCGGCUGCUGGAGGCCGACAGUACGGCACCCCUGGCGGCGCUGUACGGCGAUGUACGGCGGGAGCACCCCUCGUGCUCGGUGGUGGUGUACGUGGUGGGGCUGGAGGAGGCGCUGCGGAGGAGGGAGCGGGCGAACAAGGUGCGCCGGGUCCCGGGGCGUGUGUAUGCUCCUAGGACGAUGGGAUGAGGAGGGGGGCAUGGGACGGAGCCAUGACGCAUGCAGCUUGCUGGAAAGACGCUGCUUAUACCAAGC